AUGACUCUUGAGCGGAGAAUCCAAAAGUCAAGCUGGGAGUACAAUGCCAAGGUGCCGUUCUUACCAGCUGUUCCGUGUCAAAUACCUGGGGAUUCAGUGUUUUUAGAGCUGGACAACUACUAUAUCCCGCGACAAUGCAUCUACGAGAGAACGCCACGUCUUUCAGCCGAGCAAUGGUGGAACUCGGAUUCAUUACAUAUUCCAAACCUGACAGCUUCUCUACUCUCAAACCUACAACCCUAUAAACCAACGAGUCCCAGCCGCCAGUUGAGAUAUUUUGAGAAGCUACCACAAAACAUCAAACAACACAUCAUGUUUCUUGUCUUUCAGCAGGAGCUACCUUCUAGAUGCACAUAUGUCAUGCCGCAGCACUAUUGGAAAGAAGCGUUCUUCGGGAUCCCGUUCCUCUGGGACCUCGACAGAGACCUCAUCGACAAAGCGUCAAGCUUCGACCUGGACUGGGAGAAAUUGACGCGCCAGAUCAUGUGUCCAGCCGAAACUACCUGGGAACGCCGCUGGGGAGAGGGGGAGGCCCGGCCGUGGAGUUACGAUGAUUGUGGUUUAAUUGUGCCGCCAGGCUUGACGAAUCGUCGACGCAUUUGGCAGAUCGUCGAGGAGAUGUACCCGGACGAUGUUGAGAUGCAGCAUUGGGGAGAAUAA